AUGACUUUUCCUGUGCUGCCGUUGGUUUCUGACUUAUCAGAACUUGUUCAUUACGAAUUUAUUACUUUAUCUGGUCAGGUUUUGUUGGAUAAACUCUCGACCAGGGAUAUUCUAAGUUUGAUAAAAAACUACCCUGGUUUCAAGCAUAUUUCAGUCGUUUAUGGGAACCAUAUUUAUUCGAAGUCUGAUGUUAUUGAGUUGUUGAACAAUGGAGUCUCUACUUUUUUUUUAGCUGAUUCCUCUGCUGUAACGGAACUUCUUGAAUUGGGUGUUCCUGAAUGUAGACUAACAGUGGCUGCAGAUGGAAUUUACAAUUAUCGGUAUGGAAUUAGCACAUGUUUCUCGAAGGAUCAAAUAGUACCUUUGAAAAAUAAUAGUGCUGAUUCAUACUUGAAGGCUCUGUUGAUGCAUCUUAAAAGCGAUCGUCAAGAUGGAUUGUAUAGCACCCUGGUUGUUGAUUCAAAUGAACGAUGCCUAGGGUUGGUAUAUUCAUCACAAGAAUCUAUCAAACUUGCCAUUGAAAAACAAGCUGGAGUUUAUUAUUCUAGAUCUAGAAGUGAAAUCUGGGUGAAAGGUGCUACUUCUGGAAACACUCAGAAAUUAUUGCGUAUAGAUAUUGAUUGUGACGGAGAUGCACUGAAGUUUGUUGUAUUACAACAACCUACUUUAAAAGGUACCUCAAAUUUCUGUCACCUCGAAAGAGAAUCUUGUUUUGGUGAUUUUCCACAGGGUCUGUUUGGUCUCGAGCAAUUAAUGAAGCAAAGAUUGGUGAAGGCUCCUUCAGGUUCUUAUACAAAGAGAUUGUUUGAUGAUCAAGAACUUUUACAUGCUAAGAUAAAAGAAGAAGCAGAGGAAGUAACCGACGCUCAUACAAAGGAUGAGUUGUCUUGGGAAGUGGCAGACUUGUUUUACUUCGUUAUGGCUAAGAUGGCCGCUAAUGGUGUGACUUUGAGUGAUGUAGAAGCUAAUUUGAAUAUGAAACACAUGAAGAUUACUAAAAGAGAAGGAAAUGCCAAGGACAAAUUCUUGCCAAAGAAAACGGAGGAAUUAUUAAAGGGAGCUGAAGAUCGACCAAUAGAAAGCUCAUUUGUGCAUUUGAAUGUUGUGUCGGCUAAAAAGAUAGAUGAACUAGAUAUAGCAAUUGCUAGGCCAAUUCAAAAGUCCUCUGAUAUGCUUAAUUUGGUAAAGCCAAUCAUUGAUAAUGUUAUUCAAAACGGCGACAAGGCUUUGCUUGAGUUAACUUCGAAGUUUGAUGGUGUUCAAUUAGAGUCUCCUAUUAUAGAAGCACCAUUUAAGGAAGAAUAUUUUAAAGGAUUAACCGAUGAGGUAAAGGCUGCUUUGGAUUUAUCUAUGGAAAACGUACGGAAAUUCCAUGCUGCGCAGUUACAAGGGGGGACCUUAAGUGUUGAAACUCAGCCUGGUGUUGUUUGCUCGCGGUUCCCAAAGCCUAUAGAAAAGGUUGGAUUAUAUGUACCUGGUGGAACUGCUACCUUACCCAGCACUGCUCUAAUGCUGGGUGUUCCUGCUCAGGUUGCUGGUUGUGAAGAAAUAGUUAUCGCAAGCCCUCCUCGUAAGACGGAUGGUAGGGUAUCCCCAGAAGUUGUAUAUGUUGCAUCAAAGGUUGGGGCAUCAAAAAUAGUCUUGGCUGGAGGUGCGCAGGCUGUUGCAGCAAUGGCUUAUGGUACCCAAUCUGUCCCAAAAGUCGAUAAAAUUUUGGGUCCAGGAAAUCAGUUUGUUACUGCUGCUAAAAUGUAUGUUCAAAAUGAUACCCGAGCUAUAUGUUCUAUCGAUAUGCCUGCUGGUCCAUCGGAAGUUUUGGUUAUUUGUGAUGAACACGCUGAUGCAAACUUCGUCGCCUCAGACCUGCUAUCGCAGGCUGAACACGGCGCCGACUCGCAGGUUAUACUUAUCGGUAUCAAUCUAAAUGAAUCUAAAAUAAAGGCAAUCCAAGCGGCUGUCCACUGCCAAGCUCUGCAGCUGCCUCGACUAGAAAUAAUUCGUAAAUGCAUUUCACACAGUUCCAUUGUUUUAUGUGAUAGUGUUGAAGAAGCAUUCGAGAUAUCAAACAAAUAUGCCCCCGAACACCUAAUACUACAGAUAGAGAGUUCUGCUAAAUACAUCCCACUUGUAAGGCACGCAGGUAGUGUGUUUGUGGGAUCUUACACUCCAGAAUCAUGUGGUGAUUAUUCUAGUGGGACAAAUCAUACCCUACCCACGUAUGGUUACGCUAGACAAUAUAGUGGUGUUAACACUUCAACAUUCCAAAAGUUCAUAACUUGUCAGGAAAUCACCUCCGAAGGUUUGAAAAAUAUUGGUCCCGCAGUUAUGAGCGUUGCUAAAGUAGAAGGUCUUGACGCUCAUAGAAAUGCUGUAAAGAUUAGGAUGUCUAAGUUAGGCUUAUUACCACACGGUUUUGAUUGA